GUUUCAUAAUUUUGGCCCGGUUCUAUUUUCUCUUUUACUAAACCCUUUCCGAAAACCCUCCAGCAACUUCACCACUCUCUUCUCCCUGAAAUGGCGAAUGCUAAAAGUUCCAAAAGUUCCACAGACAUUGAAGCACUCCAGUCAGAUGUAGCUUCUUUCGCUUCUUCACUCGGUCUUGCCACCUCCACGCCAUCUUCCGGCUUCGACGACUCUGACUUCCGCAAAAAAGGUCGAAUCAAACCCCACAAACAGCCACCUUCUGAUGAUAAAAAUACCAAUACCAAGAAACACUCUCAACAUGAAAAAGAAAACAAGUUCAACAAAAAGAAAACCAAUAACAACGAUAAAUUUGGAAAAAAUCCCAAGCCGCAGCCCAAAGAACCUGAAAAAAUUGACAAUAAUUUAUGGAAUACAACACAUAGCAAAUACAAGAACAUGCCUAAGCUUCCGCUUGUGAAAGCGAGCGCGUCGGGGGUAUGGUACGUUGAUGCUGCAGAAUUAGAAGAUAAAGUUAUUGGAGAGAAGAAAAAUGUUGAGAUUAAGAAUUUAGACGAAUGGAAAAAGAAAGUGGAAAAGAAGAAGGAAAUGGGGGAGAGGUUAUUGGCGCAGUAUGCAAUGGACUAUGAGUCUUCAAGAGGACAAAGUGGAGAUAUUAAGAUGGUACUUACCACGCUAAGGUCAGGAACUGCUGCUGAUAAAGUGUCUGCUUUUUCUGUUAUGAUUGGCGAUAAUCCGACUGCCAAUUUGAGAUCACUUGAUGCUCUUUUAGGGAUGGUGACAGCUAAAGUUGGAAAACGCCAUGCUUUGGCAGGUGUUGAAGCAUUAAAAGAACUGUUUGUUUCUAGUCUGCUGCCUGAUCGCAAGCUGAAGACACUCUUUCAGCGGCCGAUAGAUCAUAUUCCGGAUAAUAAAGAUGGUUACUCGCUUCUACUCUUUUGGUAUUGGGAGGAAUGUUUGAAGCAAAGGUAUGAGCGGUAUAUCGCUUCUCUUGAGGAAGCGUCAAGAGAUGUCUUAGAUAUACUCAAAGACAAGGCACUAAAGACAGUUUAUGUUUUGCUUAAGUGCAAACCAGAACAAGAGCGUCGAUUGCUUGCUGCCCUAGUAAACAAGCUAGGAGAUCCUAAAAACAAGGUUGCAUCUAAUGCUGAUUAUCACCUAUCAAAGCUUUUGGCUGACCAUUCAAAUAUGAAGGCUGUGGUGAUUGACGAAGUUGAUAAUUUUCUUUUCCGGCCUCAUCUGGGACUGCGAGCCAAGUAUCAUGCUGUUAACUUUUUAAGCCAAGUUCGUUUAAGUCACAGGGGGGAUGGCCCAAAGGUGGCAAAGCGUUUGAUAGAUGUAUAUUUUGCUCUAUUUAAGGUCUUAAUAUCUGAAGCAGGGGAUGGACGGAUGAUGAAUAAAAAGAGCGAGGGACAUAAAGAGGUUUCUGGCACUUCGAAAGAGAAGAAAGAAAAAGAUUCAUCAGAAUCACAUAUUGAAAUGGAUUCACGCUUGCUAUCAGCACUUCUUACGGUUCAUUCAAGUAACUUUAAUGUUGGAGUUCAAGCUCUCAUGCUCCUAGAUAAGAUCUCAGCAAAAAAUCACAUUGUUAGUGAUCGAUUUUAUCGUGCCUUGUAUGCUAAGCUCCUUCUACCAGCUGCAAUGAAUUCUUCCAAGGAGGAAAUGUUUAUUGGCCUGCUACUGAGGGCUAUGAAAAAUGAUGUAAAUGUGAAGCGAGUUGCUGCAUUCUCGAAAGCAGUUUCUACUUCCGAGUCUGAGGAUGAUUCACUCCAAGCUAAUGUGUCGCCUGCUAGAGGUGGUUUAGAUGAACCAAAGGAUUCUAGAUUGCUGUCCGGAUUUAACAAACUUCUACCUGAAGGUUCAAGUGAAAAGCACUUAUUGACCGGAGGAUAUGAUCCACGGCACAGAGAACCUUCAUUCAGCAAUGCAGAUCAUGUUAGCUGGUGGGAGCUUAUGGUACUGGCAUCGCAUGCGCACCCAUCAGUUGCUACCAUGGCUAGAACCCUUCUUUCAGGAGCAACCAUUGUGUAUAAUGGUAAUCCCCUGAAUGAUCUUUCGCUGAAUGCCUUCCUCGACAAGUUCAUGGAAAAGAAACCAAAACAAAGCACUUGGCACGGUGCCUCCCAGAUUGAACCGGCUAAGAAGCUUGACAUGCAAGGGCAGUUGAUUGGGUCAGAAAUUCUCUCCUUGGCUGAAACAGAUGUACCCCCUGAGGAUCUUGUCUUCCACAAAUUCUACGUGAAUAAGAUGAAGUCUUCGAAGAAACCUAAGAAGAAAAAGAAGAAGACACCAGAGGAUGAGGCUGCUGAGGAGUUUUUGACUGCGGAUGGUAGCGACGUCGAAGAUGAGAUUGAUGAAGAGGCUGCUGAUGAGAGUGAAAAUGAGGAAAUCGACAGCAUGUUAGAGUCCGGUGGGACUCCCUUGGAAGCUAACGGUGAAUAUGAUUAUAGUGAUUUGGACGAGGUUGCUAAUGAAGAUGAUGACGAGUUGCUUGGUGAUAACAGCGAUGAUGAGAUGAAUGCUCUUCUGGAACAUGAUGGAGCUGACAUUAAUUCCGGCAGUGAUGAUGAAAAUGAUGCAGAAAAGGUAGAUGAAGUUGAUGAAGAGGAUGUUGUACAUCAAAGGAAAAAGAAAAGGAAGUCAGACAAGCGUGCCGGAAAAUCCCCAUUUGCUAGCCUUGAAGACUAUGAACAUUUGCUUAACAAGGACAGCGCAGAAAAGCCCACUAAAUCAAGAAAGAAGAGAAAGAGUUCAAAUUAAGCAUGCCCCUACUUUACAUUGAAGAGUUGCUGAUUUUGAUAGCCUAUCAUCACAGAUUCUCCUGAGCUAUAGGUGAAGGAACUCUUUAUAUACCAUAUUGUUGCCUCAAUUUUUCCAGCACCUAAUGUAUUGUGUUGUAACCUUAAAAAGCUUAGCUGACAACUCCAACCCAUUUAUAUCUUGUCGAAUCUACUAUUCCAACCAAUUUAAUUCCAAUACACAUUAGAAACAACAGAAAUAUUGUGCAAGUUUAUUUACAGUAGACAACUAACCGAACACAUUUUAUUUAUUGUUCUAUAUUGACAA